GCUGUGGGACUUGCUCUUCGCUCAGGUGCAAAGAUGGGGUGCUUCACCUUUAUCAAGGUCAUGAUGAUCCUCUUCAACCUGGCCAUAUUUCUCAGUGGUGGGACCCUCAUGGGAGUUGGCAUCUGGGUUGCAGUGGAUGAUCAGUCGUUCGUGAAGAUAUUUGGGACGCUCUCCUCUAGUGUCCUUCAGGUUGUGCAUGUGGGAUACUUUCUCAUCGCCAUUGGUGCCAUUCUGCUGGUGAUCGGCUUCCUUGGGUGCUAUGGUGCCCAGAAAGAGAGCAAGUGUCUCCUGAUCAUGUUCUUCUCGGUGGUGCUGAUCAUCUUCAUUGCUGAAAUUGCUGCUGCCGUGGUGGCUCUGGUCUACACAGGUCUUGCAGAGACGCUGCUAACAGCUGUGGUGACGCCUCUCCUGCAGGAGAAGUAUGGGCAAGAAGAAAGCUUCACAAGGAUCUGGAAUACCACCAUGAAGGAGGUCAAAUGCUGCGGCCUGAAUAACUACACAGACUUCACCAACUCAACCUGGUAUAAGGAAAACCAAGUUUACCCAGAUGCCUGCUGUAAAUUCGAGCUGCCUUGCAAUGCCACAGGUGCUGCAGAAGCCGAUGUCCCGGGUUGUUUUGAUCAGAUCUUGGAUGAAAUCAAGACCAAUGCAGGUGUGGUGGGUGGUGUGGCAGCUGGCAUUGCUGCCUUGGAGAUUGCGGCCAUGGCAGUUUCCAUGUACAUCUACUGCCGUCUGGAUCAGAAGUGACCCCACGAGGCAAGAGGAUGAUCUGCCCCCCACCACCACCAUGCCGGGGUGUGUCCAUGGUGUGGUGUGUUCUUGGGGGGGCGGGGGGGGGGCACACCAUUGCUCCCUGGGCCUUAUGCUGUCCUGUGCACUGUGAUUUAUAGCUGUGUUUUGAUCUACUGAGCUGGGAUCUGUAGAGUGUAUGUGUAUAUUUUUAUACUGAUAUGGUGUACUCAGCCUGUACAUAGAGAUUUGGGGGCUUCUUUGGGGGGGGAUGGGGUGGGGCUGGAGGGGAAGCUGCUUGGUCUGUUUGGCUGAUGCCAGCAGGAGAUCAAGUGGCACAGGGGCUGAUCAGGGCCAGCGGCACAGUGAUGCCUUGAUAAACCCUUGCAGGCUGCUGCUGUACUUCUCCCAUGGUGUCCCCAUGCAGGGGCUGGCAGAGGCUGGCCCCUGCCCCCUUCCUCUCCCCUUCACCCCCCCCAACAGGUAUCACUCCAUUGAAUUGGGGCUGGUGUCCAGCUAAGAUGGUGUAGGUGGGAACUACAUCCUCAAAUGGGGAUGUAUCUACCCCUAAACUCAUUUUCUGCCAGCCCUGACUGUGUCACCACAUUGUCCCCUAAAAGAGGCGCUAGCUGGUCUCUGCCCUGGCAUGAAGCACAGCCCUGUCCAUCCCUGGCCCUGCAGGGGCCAGGGUUGUCCCAUACCCCCUGUCAUUUCUUGGUUGACCCCCCCUCCUUCCCCCCACGCUGUAAAGGAAAACAAAUAAAUUUUUCAUCUUGGAUACAAAUGA